ACUAGAAAAAAAAAAGAAAUAACCUCAAAGUUAGCUACCACAACUGUUUUCAUGUUCUUUAUUUACAAAAAUGGGGAAAAAAACCAAAGUUGGUAAACAACGAAAAGAUAAAUAUUACCAACUAGCAAAGGAAACCGGUUAUCGUUCCAGAGCUGCGUUUAAAUUAAUUCAGCUAAAUAGGAAAUUUGGGUUUCUGCAAAAAUCUCGAGUAUGUAUCGACUUGUGCGCCGCGCCCGGUGGUUGGAUGCAGGUGGCACAUCAGAACAUGCCUGUAUCUAGCCUUGUUAUUGGAGUUGAUUUGUUUCCCAUCAAACCUGUGCCUGGCUGUAUUGGUCUUACACAAGAUAUAACAACAGAAAAAUGCAAAACUGCCAUUAAAAAAGAAAUUAAAACAUGGAAAGCAGAUGUUGUACUUCAUGAUGGUGCCCCUAAUGUAGGUUUAAAUUGGCUCCAUGAUGCCUACCAACAAGCAUGUCUUACAUUGAGUGCUCUAAAACUAUCUACUUCUUUUUUGAGGGAGAAUGGUUGGUUUGUUACAAAAGUUUUUAGGUCUAAAGAUUAUCAUGCCCUACUGUGGGUUUUAAAGCAAUUCUUCAAAAAAGUUCAUGCCACAAAACCACAGGCAUCCCGUAAUGAAUCGUCUGAAAUUUUUGUUGUUUGCCAAGGAUAUAUUGCACCAGAUACUAUUGAUCCUAAAUUUCUCGAUCCCAAACAUGUGUUUGAAGAUUUAGAAAUAGUUAAAAAACAACAUAACAAUAUAUUACAUCCUGAGAAACAAAAGAAGGCAAAAGCUGAAGGGUAUAAAGAGAAUGAUUACACAACACAUCAUAAAAUUCCUGUGUCUGAGUUUAUAAUUAAAGAUGAUCCAAUAGACCUUCUACAAGAGUGCUCAGAGAUUGUAAUUGAUGAUAUUAAUAUUGAGCAACACCCUAAAACAACAGAGGAGAUCAAAAUAUGCUGUAAAGACAUUAAAGUUCUUGGUCGUAAAGAUCUGAAAGCAUUAUUAAGCUGGUUGAAACAGAUUAAAGAAUGGAAGACAUCACAGGAAAGUAAAUCCAAUGAAAAUGAAGAGAAGGUGAUCAAUGGUGAAAUCAAUACUGAUGGUACUGAAGAAAAAAAAUCGAAUGAUGAAGAUAAAGUUGAUGAAGAAAUAGCAGAACUCCAGGAUGAAGAAAGGAGAUUAUCAAAAAGAAAGAGAAAGCAGCUAAACAAGCAACGACAGAAAUUAGCAGAAAAGAUGAAUCUAAAGAUGGUGCUGAAAGGUGAUGAUGGACCAAUAUUGGAAAAUCAUGAUAUGUUUAAACUAUCAGAUAUAAAAAAUGCUAAGCAAUUGGCAAAUAUUAUUGACCAGCGGCCUGACAUAGUAGCGGAUGCCAGUGACGAGUCAGAUGAUGAACCUAGAAUAAAGGCAAAAUACAUGAAAUAUGAUGUGGAAUCAUCAAAAUUGGACUCGUCAGGACUCUACUAUAAAGAUUCUGACAGUGAAUUAGAGAUGGAAUCUGAUUCGGAAAAUGAAAAAGAUAAAGAAUCUUUAGCAUUCUCAGAUUCUGAUAAUGAAUCAAAGAAAAUGGAUAAAUUGACUAAACUGAACACAUUGAGGAACAGUAAUAUGACCCGAACUCCAACUAUACCGAAAAAUAAUCCAUUGCUGACAGAUUUGGACAAUACAGAUCCUGUAUCGAAGAGGACUUUGAAAGCAGAAUUAUGGUUUCAAAAGGACUGCUUCAAUGAAAUGGAUGAGGAAAGUGACGAGGGUGUAGAUUUAGAUAAAAUGGUUGAAACAUACAAAGAAAAAGGAAAAAAAGUUUCUGAAGAUACUGACAUUGCCACAACUCAAUCAAAGAACUUCAGCAUGAAGAGAAGGUUAAGUGAUACAGAGAAGUCUGAUGAUGAUGAUAGUGAUGAUACAUCUGACAGUGAUUAUGAUGUGGAGGAGACUGUCAAUCCUAGUAAUGGAAAAGGUGGUAAUCGAACUGGAAGAAAAGAUGGUUUCGAAGUUGUGUCCCAGGACCCUGAAUUGAAAAAGUUAAAAAAAGAACUUAAAAUGGACGCAGAGACGCUAGCAUUAGGUACUAUGAUAGCAACAUCUAAGAAAUUCAAGAGAGAUUUAAUCGACGAUGCAUGGAAUCGCUAUGCAUUUAAUGAUACAAAUCUUCCGGAUUGGUUUGUAGAAGACGAGAAAAAACAUAUGAGGAAACCGGUAGUAGUGCCUGAGAUAUAUACAGAAGAGUACAAAAAUAGGCUACAGGAUAUAAAUGCAAGGCCUAUUAAAAAAGUAAUAGAGGCAAAAGCUAGGAAGAAGAAACGUAUGAUUAAGCGAAUGGAGCGAGCGAAAAAGAAAGUGGAAGCAGUAAUGGAGAAUGCUGAUAUAUCAGAAAGAGAAAAAGCACAGCAAGUUAGACAGUUGUAUAAAAAGGCACAGUCAGAUGGGAAGAAGAAGAUUACAUAUGUCGUUGCCAAAAAACAUAAUACCGCAAAACGCAUGAAAAGGCCGAAAGGAGUUAAGGGGCAAUACAGAGUAGUGGACCCGCGAAUGAAGAAAGACAUGCGUGCACAGAAGGCCAAGGAGAAAACAAAGGGUCGCGGUAAGAAGACGAAGUCCAAUAAAGUUACAAAACAGAAAGGGAAGAAAGCUAAAUAAUAAUUAAUUAUACUUAUUAUGUGCCUAUAUGUUUCAAAAGUAAUUUUAUAAAAAAAAAUAAACAGAUAAUUAUCAAAUA